GGCUUUCCUACUAGAAAAACAGAAAAAAUGUUCGAUAUUAAGGCUUGGGCUGAAUACAUCGUGGAGUGGGCUGCAAAGGACCCAUAUGGCUUUCUUACUACAGUGAUCUUGGCCCUUACACCAUUGUUCGUAAUCAGUGCAGCACUUUCAUGGAAGCUUGCAAAAAUGAUUGAGGCCAGGGAGCGAGAGCAAAAGAAGAAACAGAAACGCCAAGAGAAUAUUGCAAAAGCCAAACGAACGAAGAAGGAUUAAAUGGGGGGAAAAUAAGAGGCCUUCCUUGGGCAAAGAAUCCACUUUUUAAAUGAAACACUUGUACAUUUUGUGUGGUAACUGUCCUUUGAUACUUGAUCCUGUUAUUUCUUGAAGUAUGAAAUUUAAUCCCUUUAAUGUAUUUUCUCUGCUGAGAUGAUUUGCGUUCAAGUGACACGUUAGAGUCAUUUAAUCUACUACUUGUGUUCUAGUGCAGGCUGCUUUUCUAAAUUUGCAUGUUAAAUUAAAAAAUAAUCUGUUG